ACCAUGCCACGACCUCUCAGUUUCGAAUCUGCGUUCGGUACGGACAGGUGUGCUUUUCCAGUCCCGUCAAUUGGUUUGGUUGAUUGUGAUCGUUGACUUCGGUGCCGGUUUCGUCAAGUGUGUCUUCUACAAUUCUAAGGUCUGCUAUACCCCAUUUGUGUACUCCACUAUUAUAACCGCAAGUGCUCAACUACAGCAAAGAAUACAAGUGCGGCCACGGCCACCAAUAAUUGAAAGCGAAAUCAGCAACUUUUAUUUUCUUCUGCAUUGUGAAACGUUAAAAUAUGGCAUCAGAAGGCAAAAAGUGAAAAAGCGAGGUGCACAUAAACCGUCGAAGCGAAUCAUUGAAUGAAGUAAAGACGAAGAAAAAUAAGUGCAAUCAGUUAAACAUAUAAUUUUUGGAACACAAAUAUAUUGUGCCAAAAGUGCCACACUGAACAUUGCAAGUUAAAUUAUGUAAUACACAUUUAAAUAACAAAAAUGGUGUUAGUAUUAUAGAGUAAUAGAUUAACUGUGGCAAAAGUCAAAUUUGCUGAUUCUUGCAUUACAUACCUGCUGCAGGUAACGGAUUACAUAGAGUGCAGUUGAAGCCUGGUUUAAAUUAGGCCACAUCAGCGCCUUGCUAGGAAAGCAAAGAUCAAAAGAAUAGAAACUUUGAUACCCAAAAUUAAUCACAAAUAUGACGGCGGUAGAGGUUCAUUCUGGUUACAAAUUCUACGGAAAGGCGACGGAUCUAAACAAAAAGAUUGUUUUGAACCACCUCAACAUGAGUGUCACUAGAGGAUCUAUAUACGGACUCCUUGGCGCAUCUGGCUGCGGAAAAACUACACUUCUAUCAUGUAUUGUGGGUAGAAAGUUUUUAAAUGAUGGUGAAAUUAGCGUAUUAGGUGGUACACCCGGCACACCUGGUUCCGGUGUUCCUGGUCCACGAAUUGGAUACAUGCCUCAAGACAUAGCGCUCGUAGAAGAAUUUUCCAUCAAAGAAACGAUAUACUAUUUCGGGCGCAUAUAUGGUAUGGCCACGGAACGAAUAAGAGAGCGAUAUAAAUUGCUCAAAGAAUUAUUAGAGCUGCCACCAGAUGAACGACACGUUGGGAAUUGCAGUGGAGGUCAACAAAGACGAGUAUCCUUCGCUGCUGCCAUGGUUCAUGAGCCUGAACUGUUGAUCUUAGACGAACCAACUGUGGGCCUAGACCCAUUGCUGCGAGAGCGAAUAUGGCAAUAUUUAGUCGAUACAACAAGUACAAGCAAAUUGGCUGUGAUUAUUACUACGCAUUAUAUCGAGGAAGCUAGACAAGCUUCUUGUAUUGGUUUAAUGCGGAAUGGAAUUUUGCUUGCGGAAGACUCACCGAGCAAUAUUUUGGAACGAUUCAGUUGUACAAACUUAGAAGAUGCAUUUCUUAUGCUGUGCAAAAAGCAUGGUCCAUCCGAAGAAGCCGAUGCAACCACGCAUCAAUCACUCACGAUGCAUAGUUUAAAGUCUAUUGAAACAAUAGAAGAUGGAUCUGGGUUGAAAACAACUUUCCCUACUUUACCAUCACCAAGUGACGAGAAAAGGAAAAUCAAUCGAGUUUUGUAUGAAGAAAACGAGAAACCCAUCACGAAGACUAUUAAAAACCUUAUGAGUUUUACCACAAAACGAAGAAUGAAUGCACUACUUUCGAAAAACUAUCUGCAAAUGAUCCGGCAGCCUGCUGGAAUGGUAUUUCUGUUCCUUUUCCCAAUAUUUCAGUUGGUAAGUUUUUACGUAGCUAUAGGUGGUGAUCCAAAGGAGCUCCGAUUGGGCAUAGUGAAUGACGAGGUCAACAACAUACAGGAGUGUUUCAAUCAAUCGUUAACCAUUACCUCAUAUCAUAAUGAUUAUGAAUGCGACCUUUACAAAACGUCCUGUCGAUUUCUCGAUCAUCUCAAUCGAACUGUUGCGAUACAGGAAUACUAUAAUGAUUUCAACAGUGCUUUUGAGGCCGCUAAAAAAGGCAAGGUUUGGGGUUUCAUUUAUUUCAAUGAAAACUUCACAGAAUCAUUACAAGACGUGAGAGACAAUGUUCGUGAAGCAAACCCGGACUCGUUCCUUAGCUCCGAAAUUAAAGUCUACUUGGACAAAUCGGAUCAACAAGUAACAUUCUACCUGGAAAAGAAAAUACUCGAAACAUACAAGCAGUUUGCCGAGACUUUGAUGUCCGAAUGUAAUCUACCAAAACAGCUGGCAAACAUUCCGAUGAGCUUUGAAGAACCAAUAUAUGGAACAUUCAAUGACGAAUAUACCGCCUUUAUGGCACCGGGGGUUGUAAUGACAAUGAUCUUCUUCUUAGCUACACUGAUUACGGCAACGAUAUUUAUUUCAGACCGGCUUGAGGGUAUAUGGGAUAGAACAUUAGUCGCAGGAAUCACGGCCCUCGAGUUACUUCUAGCACAUAUAAUUACGCAAACAUCGAUAAUGCUGUUACAGUGUAUUGAAAUUAUUCUACUUGCAACGUUCGUUUUUGAUGUGCAGAAUCAAGGUAGCAAUGUAACAGUGGUUGGAUUAUUAAUGCUGCUGGGUUUUGCCGGAAUGCUAUACGGUUUAUUGAUUUCAAUCUUUUGCGAUGCUCACUCUACAGCUAAUUUCAUGGCAACGGGCAGUUUUUAUCCAAUGAUCAUAAUGUGUGGUAUUUUGUGGCCCUUAGAAGCAAUGCCUCAGUAUCUGCAAUACUUAGCGUACUGCUUUCCAUUUACGAUUCCUUCAAUGGCAGUACGAAACGUUUUAUCUAAAGGAUGGAGCAUAACAAAUUCAAAAGUCUAUAUGGGCUAUGGAGCAGUCGGCAUUUGGAUAGUUAGUCUUUUACUAUUAUGUCUAAUUGGGCUGAGAGUUAAAAAAUAAUAGCUACCUUUAUCUGGCUCGAUGAAUAGCAUUUAAGUUUUCCUCUAGAUUAGUCGCAUGUACAUAAUUAUUGUCAUUAAACUAACUCAAGUUACCCCGAUUAAUUGUUCAAUCGAGAUAUGUAAAAAUAUGUAUGGAACCUAGAGAAAAAUCGUAUGGAAUACUAGUAACAAUCAUAGCUUUUUUUUAAACUCAGAAAUUUUAUCUAAUAUCUAAUAUUCUAAUAGAAACAAAACUGGACGGUUCAUUCAUUAUAGAUUAAAUUGACAUCGUUUGAAAAUGUAUGUACUUAGAGUACCAAACACGAAAAGUUAUCAACCUAAUAAGAGUUGAAAAGAUAAAUUUCAAUUUGGACGAACCAUGCAUAUAAACAUAAUAUCAACAAUAGACUUCGAUUGCUGUCAUGGUGAAAACGUCUUUUUAAUGUGAAUCUUUACAGUUGAAUAGUAUUAUCUAAGGGAGCAUUCAUAAAAAACGUAUACCAAAAUUUGAAACUUUUUAUUCAAAUAUCCCCCCUAAAAGUCAACAUAGGCUUUUGUUUUCAAUAAAAAAAAAAUUCAUAAUUUUUCGGUAAGAGGUAGUAUUACUAGCUAUCACUGAUAGCUCAACAUGAUUUUUACAGUUACGCUCCGGAAUUAGUCGAUUUAUACUAAACAUUAUCGUGAAUAUCGCCGAAAAUAUCGUGUAAGUACUGCGUCCAACUUAAUUUUUUGGAGUAUCCGCAGCAGUCUGUUCAGUACACGUUAAUGAAAUAUUCCGUUCAAUCCAGGUCGGGAACUUUUUGCUAGCGGAAAUAUUUAUAAAGGGUUUAUAAACAUUUCGUUCCAACAAGAUGACACUACGUGUCAUUCAGCAUACGCAACAAGAGACUUUUGGGUUGAAAACUUGUGCAAAGCGAUGGUUUCAAUAAUUGUUCUAUCGAGAAUUGAAAUAAAGUUAUUCAAUUUAUCCAGUACAAAUAAA